GUCUAUGAUGAGGUGCGACUCUUGUUUACAUAUAUAUGUUUUGGAUAUUUUACAUUUCACCUUUACCAUUUACUUCCAUGGGAUAUAACUUGAAUUAAAAAUUAUUUAAUUAAAAUAAAAUAUUAGAGGCGAUUGGACGGUUCUGUCUGCAAUUAUUUAACCUCAAAUUGAAUUAGUAAACGCAUCAAAUGGAGCUACCAGUCGAUGAAGAGAAAUAUAACUUAAAAUGGAAUAGCCACCACAGUAUUAUAGCAAAUAAUAUUUUAGAACACUUAGCUAGUGAGGAUCUUGUUGAUGUUACACUUAGCUGCGAAGGAAAAUUCAUCAGAGCCCAUAAGUUAAUUCUGUCAGCAUCUAGCCAAUAUUUUAAGGAACUCUUUCAACUUCACCAAGGUCAUAACCCAGUAAUAAUCAUGAUGAAUGUGAGAUUUGAAUAUAUACAAUAUAUCAUUGAUUAUGUCUAUAAGGGUGAAGUUAAACUGUUAUCUUCUGAGAUUGAAGGUAUUCUGAAGUUAGCAAAUGAUCUUCAAAUUAAGGGAUUGUAUGGUGUAUUGAACAAAAAAUUUGAAUCUCUUUCUGACAAAAAGACAAAUCUUUCCACACAGAAUAAUGGAAAAACGAAAGAUAAGGUUCAAACACAGAGUAGUACAUCAAAUGCUUCUGAAAAAGAAUCUACCGUUUCAAAGAAUUCAUUUCCCAAUAGUACAUUAAUUUUUGGUGAAGAACCUAAUUCAAAGGUAGACUAUGAAAGGAGACAAGCAAAGCAAAUUGGGAAGAGGAGAAAUAGAGAGAAAUGCAUUAUACCUAAGAGACGGAAAGUUGCUAAAAGUCCAGAUUGUAAAAAGGUUGAGACGACACAAAACGAUGAGCCAAAUAUAAUAUCAAAGUGUUCAACAAAUCCCAUAGAUCCCCUUGGUCAUUCUCUGCAGGUUGCGACGACACCAAAAGAUGAGCCAAAUAUAAUAUCACAGUGUUCAACAAAGCCCAUAGAGCCCUUUGGUCAGUCUUUGCAAAAUCAUUAUUUGCAGAGUGUGGCCAAUCCAACUGAUAUUUCAGAUGGCCGUCCUCCAAGCGUGACGAAUUCAACAGAUACUUCACGUGGCUCUUCUCCAUUACUCGAAGUUGUAGUAAAGGAAGAUUUAGAAAAAGUCCCAUCUGCAGAUGAAAAUCACGAUACCAAGUCCAGCGAUGCAAAUGUCGCGAAAUCAAUUGAUGGAAUCACAAAACCUGUAAAACAAAUAAGUGCAUUCAUGCUGUUCACUGAAGAAUUUAGACCGGGAAUAUCAUUACAACACCCAGAUGAAAACGUCAAGCAAAUAUCCUUGAGGCUCAGCAAGAUGUGGAAAGAUUUGCCAAAUGUCAAGAAAGAUUCAUAUUAUGAAGCUGCCAGUAAAGAGAAUGAGAUAUUGAGGCAAAAAAUGCAUAAUGGAAUUUUUUGAAUCAAUUAGUUAUAAUUAAUAUUUUUUUAUUGUCUAAUUUGUACAGUUCAAUUUUAUUUAUAUUUUAUUCGAUUUAAGUUAUUGGAUUGAUAUAUGAAGUUUUAUAACACCAUGAAUUGUUCAAAUUUGUAGAAUUCUUGUGUAACUGAAGAAUGAAUUUUAAAAUGUUUUUACAUUCGAAAAUGGAUAAACUCGCAAUAAAACUCUGCUUUUAAUUAGA